AUGGUGCUUAGGAAAUACCUUGGACUGAGAGGGCUCCUCCCUCCAAGAUGCUUCUCGUUCUCGGACCAGAUUAGAAGGUCUUUGCAGCAGCUAGAGAGAAUGCACAAUCCGCUCGACAAAUAUGUUCACCUCAUGUCUCUACAGGAGCGAAAUGAGACUCUUUUUUAUAGAAUCAUCAUUGAUCAUGUUUCGGAGAUGAUGCCCUACAUCUAUACCCCUACGGUCGGUGAAGCCUGCCAGAAGUAUGGCAAUAUUUUUCAACGACCAAGAGGUCUUUACAUCUCCAUUGAAGACAAGGGAAGUGUUCGCGAGCUGCUGGAUAAUUGGCCUUUCGAUGACGUCAAGGUAGUGGUUAUGACUGAUGGAGAGCGAAUCCUUGGUCUGGGAGACCUUGGAACUUACGGCAUGGGAAUUCCUGUUGGAAAAUUGAAUCUGUACACUGCAUGCGCUGGCAUCCCUCCAGAGCAUUGCCUCCCAAUUUCCAUCGAUGUUGGAACUGACAAUCCCAAGCUUCUCGAAGAUCCGUUCUAUACUGGAAUUCCAAAACCGCGUAUCAGAGGGGAAGACAACGCCUUUAGACUCCUCUCCAAGUACCGUGAGGAAAUCUGCACUUUUAAUGAUGAUAUCCAAGGAACUGCAUCUGUUGCGCUCGCCGGUCUCAUGAGUGCUGGACGAGUGAAGGGAACGAGGUUGCAAGAUGAGACCUUUGUUUUCAUGGGUGCAGGAGAGGCUGGAACAGGCAUUGCUUUGUUUUGGUGGAAAAUUUCAAUUCUCAUUCAAGACAGAGUCUGGCUUGUUGAUUCCAAAGGAUUGGUUACUAAGCGAAGGUCGGGAACAACGAAUAUUUCCCACCCUUCAGCGGAUGUUUACGUUUCCAACAGGCCCGAUUUCGCAAAGAUGCCUCACCACAAGCUCCCGUAUGCCCAUGAUCACGAGAUUAUUGGAGAUCUCCGAACUGUCGUCAAGACGAUCAAUCCAACAGCAUUGAUUGGAGUCUGCACCCAGGGUGGUGUUUUUGAUGAGGACAUCUGCCGUCACAUGGCGAAGAUCAACCCAAGACCAAUCAUUUUUGCGCUCUCCAACCCAACGUCGGCCUCCGAGUGCACAGCCGAGCAAGCGAUUCAGUGGACCGACGGACAAGUGCUCUUUGCAAGCGGGAGCCCUUUUAAGCCUGUCGUCUAUGAAGGCAAGGAGUUUGUUCCUGGCCAGGGGAACAACACCUACAUAUUCCCAGCUGUCGGACUUGCAGUGAUCGCAACCGGAAUGAAGCACGUUCACAACGACGUGUUCCGUGUAGCCGCAAAGUCCCUUUCACAGCAGGUAGAUCCUGAAAGGUCUUCCAGGUGUUCCUGUGACACAAGUCAGGUGUCCGAGCUUGACUUCCAGAAGGGGUGCCUCUACCCUCCCCUUCACAACAUCCGAUCGGUUUCCAUGAAGGUUGCUGAGGCCGUCGCCUCGCACACCUGGGCCAAUGGCACCGCGUCCACCCCUCCUCCUGUUGACGUCCAUGUGGCUCUUUCGAACAUCGUGUACGAGCCCAACUACAGGCCUUCCGUCUCUGACGCCGUCUGA